UUUAUAUUAAAUGAACAGAAGAAAGAGUCCUAUGUAUAAAUCACCUGGAUUGAGUCCAAAUAUUAAGCCUGGGUUAUUUUCUAAUCCAUCAGAAUUGAAUAGAUUAAAUAAAUAGAAAACUAUGAAAGUGGAUGAAUCUCAAUCUCCAAUAUUGAAAGAGAGCAAAGAAACAAAAAUACCUCCAAAAUUACAAAAGAGUUAUAGGUUAGUUUACAUAUUUGUAUAGAAGUGCUACAAAAUUAUUCAGUAAUAAUAUAAAAGUGGUAAAACAAUAGCCUGAAGAGAAAGAGGAUAAAAUCAUGGAAACUCUAUAGAAAUUAUAAAAAGAAUUAAUGGAAUUCAAGGAAAAUAUAGAAUAAAGCUAAGUGACUAAUAUUGAAGAAUGGUGUUGUGAAAUAUUAGAGAAAUUGAAUUAGAUUAAAGCAAAUAUUGAAAGUAAUUAAAUAUUGAUAUUUUAGAAAAGGAAGAUCAUUCAGCUUGUGAUGCUGUGAUGCAAUAGUAAUAUUUUUAAAUUAUAUAGAUAGAGAAAUAUUAACAAAAUUAUUGAAAGAACUAUAAGAAGAAAAGAAGGAACGUUAUAGGAUUGAAGAGGAAGCCACAAAUUUAAUUACAGAGUAAGAGAUUGAAAUAAAUCGUUUGGAAAAAGAAUUAAGAUUAUUGGAAGAGAAACACUAAUUAUAAUGA